AUGCGAGGUUUAGAUCGUUGCGGUCGAAAGGGGAGUUUCGUUUGUGACGGCAGAGAGAUGGGCUUUGAGGAUGACAUCAGGGUCAGGGGUUGGGAAGACAAGGGAGGAGAGAGGGGAGGAGGAGAUAAGGGAGGAGGAGACAAGGGAGUAGGAGAGAGGGGAGGAGGAGAGAGGGGAGGAGGUGAGAGGGGAGGUGCAGAGAGGGGAGGAGCAGAGAGGGGAGGAGGAGAGAGGGGGGGAGGAGAGAGGGGAGGAGGAGACAAGGGAGGAGUAGACAGGGGUUUAGACGGAAACGAGGAGGCAGAGGAAGGGAGCGAGGGGCGGCUGCAAGGCGACUUCAGAGAGAAUUCAGCUGCAUCACGGGGAGACUGCUUCACGGAGAGGGGUUUCAACGGCGAUGAGACAGAGGAGGCGGGGGAGGGGCCGCUGCAAGGCAACUUCAGAAAGCAUGUAGCUGCAUCACGGAGAGACUGCUUUCCAGUUGAGCGGGCUCUUCGUAACCCGUGCGGUGACUGCACAGCCAUGUAG